UUCCUUCUCUCCCUCCUAAUCUUUAGAGCCAAAACAAAAGCCGCGCACCACUUUAUCUUAAUCCCAUUUUCAAAAAUAUACAAACCAUAAAAAAAUUACAAUUUUAUUUUAAAAUACUUAUUAAUAAUACCACACAAUCAAUUUCAUUUUGUUAACCGACUCUUUCUCACAUGUCGUUAAGCAACCAAAUUUAAAAUUUUGUGUGUUCAACCGUUGCUCUUUAUUUUCCUUCAUUUACAAUCUUCCCUUCAUUAAUUCAUAUUUUUUUGAUUCUUUUCUUGUUUCCCGGAUUCAAUUCAUUUAAAUUCGAUUUUCAAUUUCUCAUUCUAUUUCACAUUUUUAUAAAAUAAAUCCAAAACGUGCGAAUUUGAUACGAUUCUUCUUCUCCGUCGAUCAAUUUAAUUAGGGUUUUGCAUUGGAUGUUUGGGUAUUAAUAAGGUCACCACGCAGGCGGAUUAUUCUACAUUUGUAUAACUAGAUCUUUGAAUUCAAAAUUUUGAAGAGUUAAAACACGGAUUUCAUGCGUGGGAUUGGUAAAAUUAGGGUUUGGGUUUGUUACUAAGGAUGAUUAUUAAGAAAACUAUGAAGUCUGAGAUGCCGAAUUUGAGACGAUAUAAGACAGGAAAACCUAGCAGUAGCAGUAGCGAAGAAGAGGAAGAACAAGAGGAAGAGGUAGAAGAAGAGGAUUACGAGUGUUUGUUAAUUCCUAAAAAACGGAAAUUAAAUGGAUGUGAUCGUUCUUCAAUAGGUGUGUACGGUGAAAUUGAUGAUAGUAGCAGUGGUUCCGGUUCUUAUUGGGCCGGUGAUAUUCAGUCUAAUUCAAAGAAAUUGAAGAAUUACAGCUUGGAUAGGUCUAGGACUCAGUUAUCAGGGCUUAGAUCUUCCCGAGGACGAGUGCAGAUGCUUCCUUCGAGGUUUAAUGAUUCUGCUAUGGAUGUCUGGAAGAAUGGCAGAGGUGAUGGAAUUGGUUAUGGUUUUGGCGAGGAUGGUUAUGAUGAAUUUGGUGAAGAUAGAGAUGAUAUACUUGAUUCUAAGAGAUGUAGAUAUAGCCAAAAGGAUGGAUUUGUUAGGAAUUCUAAGUCUAUUUCUAAUUCUAAUUUUAAUUGUAAGUCUAAGUCUAAGUCUAGGUCUAAUUCUAACUCCUAUUCAUUUUAUCAAGCAGAAAAUAAUUUUGAUGAUUUUGACUAUUCAAAAUGCAAUAAUGGAAAUAGUUUGGAGUGUGCGCCUGGGUUCGGAUAUUCUGCUUCUAACAAAUUGAGAAGAGAAGGAGCUGGGAGGAAGAAAGAUGUUUAUAAGCCUGAGGAUUUUGCUUUGGGCGAUUUAGUUUGGGCAAAAUGCGGGAAAAGAUAUCCUUGGUGGCCGGGUGUUGUGAUUGAUCCUAUACUCGAAGCUCCUGAACCUGUUCUUAGUUGUUGUAUUCCUGGGGCUCUUUGCGUGAUGUUUUAUGGUUAUUCUAAAAACGGCACACGGCGGGACUAUGCUUGGGUGAAGCAAGGGAUGUUAUUCCCAUUUGCAGAAUUUGUCGACAGAUUUCAGGGACAGACCGAAUUGUACAAGUGUAAGAUGAGCGACUUUCAGAUGGCACUGGAAGAGGCAAUGUUAGCAGAAAGUGGGUUUUUGGAAACUAGGGUUGACGCUGCACAUGUGGGAUCUCCAGAAGCUGACUUAAGUGGAUUCCAGGAGGCCAGCAGUUCAAGUCUAGAUCAAGACCUUUAUGCUCGGUACCAGGAUGCAUCUUACAAGGAUAUGAGGAGUUGCGAUAGCUGUAAUCUAAUCUUGCCAUGCAAAACUAUCAAAAGGAAGGGCUCUGUAAUCCGUACUGAGUUUAUAUGUAGACAUUGUGCUAAGUUAAGAAAGUCUAAACAAUAUUGUGGCAUAUGCAAGAAGGUCUGGCACCACUUGGAGGGUGGGAAAUGGGUGUGUUGCGAUGGUUGUAAUGUUUGGGUGCAUGCUGCAUGCGGCAACAUUUCUCCUCAACUUUUCAAGGAUCUGGAGAAUUUUGAUUACUAUUGUCCUGAUUGCAGAGUCAGGUUUAAGAUUGACUCGUCUUAUUUCGAGAGGAGGGACUCUGUCAAGUCUAUGACAAACAGUGGCCUAGCUACAGCACCUGAUGAAAUAACUGUGGUGUGCAAUGGGAUGGAAGGGACAUAUCUUCCAAAACUUCAUCUAAUUGUUUGCAAGUGCGGUUCAUGCGGAAUGCGGAAGCAAACCCCAAGUGAAUGGGAAAAGCACACUGGGUGCAGAGCUAAGAAAUGGAAGCACAGUGUGAAGGUCAAGAGUACAAUGUUACCACUCGAAAAAUGGAUUGUGGAGUACAAUGCACAUGGAGUAGAUCCGAUGCAACUAGAUGAGCAGAAGCUGCUGGCUUUUUUGCAAGAGAAGUAUGAUCCUGUUCAUGCAAAAUGGACAACAGAGAGAUGCGCUGUUUGUAGAUGGGUUGAAGAUUGGGAUGUUAACAAAAUCGUAAUCUGCAACAGGUGUCAAAUUGCUGUCCACCAAGAAUGUUACGGGGUUUCAAAUGUUCAAGAUCUUACAUCAUGGGUGUGCAGAGCAUGUGAAACUCCUGAUGUUGAGAGGGAGUGUUGCCUUUGUCCUGUAAAAGGUGGAGCUUUAAAACCAAGCGACAUUGAGAUGCUUUGGGUUCAUGUAACAUGUGCCUGGUUUCGACCUGAGGUCGGUUUCUUGAGUCAUGAAAAAAUGGAACCUGCAAUUGGAAUUUUUAGAAUCCCGUCAACUACAUUUUUGAAGAGCUGUGUUAUCUGUAAGCAGACACAUGGUUCCUGCAUACAGUGUUGCAAGUGUGCCACCUACUUUCAUGCUAUGUGUGCAUCAAGAGCAGGAUAUUUCAUGGAAUUGAACUGCACAGAGAAGAAUGGAAUCCAAGUGACUAAAAAGCUGGCAUACUGUGCUGUUCACAGGACACCAAGUAUAGAGACUGUUGUAGUGGUGCGCAGUCCUGCAGGGGUUUUUGCUGCCAGAAGCUUCCUUCAGAAACAGAAUGAACGCUUAUGUGGCUCAAGAUUGAUUUCAUAUAACAAAAUACAGGACUUUUCUGAGCCCUCUACAUCAGUGACUAAUGAGUUUGAGCCUCUUUCUUCUGCGAGAUGCCGUGAAUUUAAAGUGUCAAGCAAUAAGAAAGCUGAAGGGGAACCCAUAUUCCACCGACUAAUGGGACCAAAACAUCAUUCUUUUGACAUAUUAAGCAACUUGAGCACCUAUAGAGAAAUAGACGAUUCUGUAGUUUUCUCUUCAAUUAAGGAUCGGCUUUAUCAAUUACAGAAAACUGAAAAUCGUCGAGUUUGUUUUGGUAAAUCUGGGAUACAUGGAUGGGGCCUCUUUGCACGCAGAAACAUUCAAGAAGGAGAAAUGGUCAUUGAGUAUCGCGGCGAGCAGGUGAGACGGAGUGUUGCUGAUCUGAGGGAGGCACAAUACCGUUUAGAAGGCAAAGAUUGCUAUUUGUUCAAGAUCAGUGAGGAAGUUGUAAUUGAUGCCACACAUAAAGGGAAUAUAGCACGCUUGAUCAACCAUUCAUGUAUGCCUAACUGCUAUGCUAGGAUAAUGAGUGUUGGUGAUGUCGAAAAUCGUAUAGUUCUUAUUGCUAAGACCAAUGCCUCUGUGGGUGAUGAGCUAACAUAUGAUUACUUAUUCGAUCCGGAUGAGCAUGAUGAGUUGAAGGUCCCUUGUCUAUGUAGAUCACUCAGUUGUCGGAAAUAUAUGAAUUAGGCUCUCUUGUUGUAUUAAUGUCUCCGCCAUACCCUUCGAAGAACUAUCUCAUUUUUAUUCUCGAAAGAAAGAAGAAUACGAACCAACAAGGUGCAUCAAAGAGCUGAGUAAAUUUUUUGUAUGGACUGUGAUGGCAACAUAAUUUCAAGGUGUAAUCAAAUGUAAAUUCCAAUGUCUGCCUGUUUUUAUCUUUUUUUUUUAAUAUUAUUUUAAAGGCGAUUCUUUUUCAA